GGCAUCUGCCACUCUCGUCGACGCCUGGGGCCGCCGCUACCUUGAGCUCAACCGCGGCAAUCUUCGUCAGAAGGAUUGGCAGGACGUUGCUGACACCGUCAACGCCCUCCAUGGCCACACCAAGAAGACUCACCGAACCGAUGUCCAGUGUAAGAACCGAAUCGACACCAUUAAGAAGAAAUACAAGGUCGAGAAGGCUAGGGUUACGGCCUCCAACGGUACCGUUUCGUCCUCCUGGCCCUUCUUCGAGAAAUUGGACGCGUUGAUUGGCCCUAACUUCAACGCAAAGAAGAAUUCCUCUUCGCCGUCCCCGUCUCCUCCAGUGGCUCUCCCGUUGUUGCCGUAUCGGAAGGCCUCUGUGCCGGCUGUUUCUCCCGUUACUGCUGUGCCACCAGCCGCCGUGGCGCUGCCGCAGAAGCGGUCGGCGGCGGCAGCGAUGGACGAUGGGUACUUCAGGAGGAAUUAUUCGGCGAUGGCAGCCGCUGCGGCUGCCGCUGAGGCCGAUGAGGAGUAUGAGGACGAAGAGGAAGAGGAAGAGGAAGAUGAGGAGGAAGAAGAGGAGGAUGGGAGGGGGAGCGAGGUGGAGGAAGGGGAGAGGGAUAGAGAGGGGAUGAGGAGGUUGGCCAAGGCAAUAGAGAGGUUUGGGGAAGUGUAUGAGAGAGUGGAAGCACAGAAGCUGAAGCAGAUGGUGGAUUUGGAGAAGCAGAGGAUGCAGUUCGCCAAGGAUCUCGAGGUGCAGAGGAUGCAGAUGUUUAUGGACACGCAGGUUCAGUUGGAGAGGAUUAAGCGCGGGAAGAGAUCCGGGUCUAAUGAUAUGUAUAGCUAGCCAGGUGAGCGUUGGGUUGAUAAUGUUGCAGCUUGGAAGGUCAUACAGAGUUAUGACCAUGGCAAAGUACAUAUCUUUAGCUGAUACUGUCAUGAGAAUCUCCAAUAGAAAUUUGUCCUGGAGUAAUUUUGGAUUCUUUUAGUUAGCCUUUAUUUUAUUAUUAGCCCUUAUAAGUUAAUUCAGCAACUGUACUAGGCCUCAUUUGGGCUCUGAUAUAGAAUUUGAUCUAAUGUAUAACACUUCUAUCUCUCCACUCUUUUCUUUUCCUUCAUUUCA